GCGGAUCGCCUGGGGGAAGUACAUGAAUUGUGGCCAGACCUGCAUUGCUCCGGAUUAUAUCCUGUGCAAUCCAUCCAUUCAGAAGACCGUCGUGGAGGCCAUUAAAAAGAACAUUAAGCUCCUACAAUCCUCACGGACGUCAAUCCGGAAGCCCGAAUCAUGCAGGAAGAGAUUUUCGGCCCCCUCCUGCCCAUCAUGGCGGUGAAGGGCGUAGAGGAAGCCAUCCAGUUCAUCAACCAGCGGGAGAAGCCCCUGGCCCUCUACGUCUUCUCCAACAACAACAAGGUUAUUGAUAAAAUGAUUGCCGAAACCUCGAGCGGCGGAGUUACCGCCAACGAUGUCCUUAUGCACUUCUCCAUUCCAGGUUUACCUUUCGGAGGCGUUGGUAACAGCGGCAUGGGCGCCUACCAUGGCCAUUUCAGCUUCGACACCUUUUCCCAUCGGCGCGCCUGCCUCAUCCGGACGUUCAAGAUGGAAGCUGCCAACAGUAUUCGGUACCCCCCGAACAGCCAGAAGAAGGUGGAUUGGGCUAAAUUCUUGGUCCUGAAGAAGUUCAGCAUGUGGAAGUUUGGUCUGGUCGCCCUGGCGUUGUUGGGGAUUGUGGCCGCCAUUGUGAUCAAGGUUGUCCUUUUCUGAGAGGGUGAUUCCGCAGGGGCCAUAACAGAACGUUGUAUUAAAAGAAGCUGAUCCAGGCGGAGUGUGUGUUUGUGUGUAUGCGUGUCGGGUUUUUCUAACACUAACUUACAAGAGUUAACGCAAUUUCUUCUUAAUCAUUAAACACAGGGAGCAGAAGCACCAAAGGCCGAUAUUCUCGGAUGAGAAUAUAUCUUAUAUAAAUAUAUAUAUAUUCUUCUAUAUCUUCUCUCCAGGAAGGGACAAUUUGCACCAAAGAAAGGAGAGAACAGAAUUUCAAGGAAAAGAGAUUUAUAAGCAGAGAAGCUAGGAAGAGGCCCCCCAUUGUUGAAUUUUCAAGAUAUUUUUCUUAAUUGAGUCUUUUUUAAAGGAAGCUUGUUCUGUGUGAGGUGGGGGGAAAUAAAAUUUUCAUUGCCUU